AUGGAAAAUUAUCCAUUUUACCAAUCGAUAGGUCGUCAUCUACAACAUAUGAUUGUUGUCGAUUCUCGUUCAUAUCGCGGACAAGUCAGCAAUGAGGAGUUUUUGGCGGUUGCUGCUUAUUGGAGCGAAAUGAUUCAAAACAAUGACUAUCAUCGAGCUCUCGCCCGCCCCGACUUUGAUCUAUACAACAUAGACUUUAAGAUCUGGGAACACUUUUUCGCCAUGAACACCACAAACAACUGGGUAUCAUUCCCAUGCGUCGAUCCUCGUGGACCACUCGACAUGCCCGACAUGAAUCCAUUCCCGGUCACUCACUAUAGUCCUCGAACAGCCGAUCGUGUACCUAUUGCGCCAGCCCAACAAAAUACAGCUCCUGAUGUUGGUGCUUCUACUCAGGCUCCAGCAUCAGCGCUUAGAGAACAACUUCCUGCAUAUCACCACGGCCUAUCCGCUCAUGAAAUGGAACACUUAGCGCGAAGAGAGGUCAAUGAACGUUUAAGACGAGGAGUUAAAGGCCGGUCCACCAAGCAAUCGCGAUUUCAUUAA